AUGUCCGUGGAACAACGCGAUCCAUCGGCAGUGGAAGAAUUCAUUGCAGCUAUCUCAGUUUACAAGGACAUCGAAAGAAUUUCUGACGCUGAUGCCUUGCGCGGUGUGCCACUUCUGCUGGAAGAGUACGCAGCGACCUGGUGGAUCGGUGUGAAGGACACUGUCGCGACCUUUGAGGAAGCAGUUGAGCUGAUCCGGACGACAUUUUCUCCGCCAAUGCCCGAUUGGAAAAUUUACAUAAAAUUUUUCGAGCAAAAGCAGCAAACGCGCGAAGCUACCGACAGCUUCAUAUGUAAGAAGCGGCUACUGUUUUCGCAGUUGAGUGACCCCAUAAGCGAAGCAGUACAGCUCAAUAUGACGUACGGUCUAUUGUCUAUCAAGAUAAGAGAGCGAGAGCGUCGCGAUAAAGUUUCCACGUUCGACGAAUUAAUAUCAAAUUGUCGGGAUGCAGAAAUGAUUUUGGCUGAAGCAAAGAAGCUUACAAUCGCAUCUACCGAUAAAAACAAAUCUGUGGAAGGGCCCUAA